UGAUGACGCAACUUGAUGUUUGUCCGGUCCGACGGUCGGGGCGCCCCCUGCGCGCCCCCCUUCUUGCCGAUGUCCUUCCUCCGGAUUUGGCCCUCUGCCCUGCGGGAAACUUCUCCAAAGCGAUGUCCCGUCACCUCAGCGGCUUCCGGGACGCGCCGCUCGCUCCUGCCCGUCCGUUUUAUACGAGCCCGGAGCAAAGUUCCCCGCGAUAAGCCCGUAGCGUGUUUAUGGCUCUGUGCUGUUAGUGCGCGGGGGAGCUGCAGCACGGGCGGACGCGGGUCGAAGAUGAGCGGACGGCACUCGGCGCCGCAGGAGCGUCCCGGCGGGGCCGCAGAGUCCUUCCGCUUUGCGCCAGAGGCCGGGAGGGACGGCGUGGACGAGGCGGCCGGGCCCGCGUGCUGCCUCAGUGCCAGCAAAAUCACCUACGCGGUCAGCGAGCGCGUUGGCCCCUGGUGGGACUUGCCCUCCUACACGAAGCGACGGACUCGGCAGAUCCUCAACGAUGUCUCCUUCCACGUGGACAGCGGGCAGAUUAUGGGCAUCCUGGGAAACUCAGGUUCCGGAAAGACCACGUUGUUGGACGCCAUCUCGGGAAGGAUCGGCAACUCCGGAAGCCUGUCGGGCGAAGUCUUCGUCAACGGCACCAAACUGGCGAGAGAAGAGUUCCAGGACUGCUUCUCAUACGUGCUGCAGAGCGACAACCUGCUGAGUUUUCUGACCGUGGAGGAGACUUUGACCUACACGGCGCAGCUGGCGCUCAGAAAGCACUCGGCCAAAGGCAUCCAAAACAAGGUGUCGGCAGCGAUGGCCGAGCUGAGCCUGAGUCACGUGGCCCGCAGCGUGAUCGGCGGCCGCGUGUUCCCGGGAAUCUCCGCAGGCGAGAGGAGGAGGGUCUCCAUCGCGAGCCAGCUCCUUCAGGACCCCCGGGUCAUCCUGCUGGACGAGCCCACCACGGGCCUGGACAGCAUGACGGCCAAUCAGAUCGUGAUGCUGCUGGCCCAGCUGGCCCGCAGGAACCGCAUCGUCAUCGUCACCAUCCACCAGCCUCGCUCCGAACUCUUCACGGUGUUCAGCAGCAUCGCCUUGAUGAGCCGCGGUGAGUUAGUUUUCUGCGGCCGACCCGACGAGAUGGUGGACUUCUUUGGCCAAUGCGGGUACGAGUGUCCGGAAUACUGCAACCCCUUCGACAUCUACGUGGACUUGACGUCGGUGGACACGCGCAGCGGCGAGCGCGAGGCGGCCACCUUCGGCCGCAUGCACGACGUCACCCGCUCCUACCGGAAGUCGGCCAUCUUCGAGCGCAUGCUGGCCAGGACGCAGCAGAGCCUGCGCGCCCGCCGCAAGGCCGCCGUCCCCUUCAAGAGCAAAGAGUCGCCCGCGGGCGCUGCCAAGCUGGACGUGCUCCUUAGGCGGACCAUGCGCAACCUGUCGAGAGACCGAAUGGGGGUCUUGAUGCGUGUGUCUCAGAACUUGAUCUACGGCCUCUUCGUGGCCUUCUUCGUGAUGCGUUUGGACGCCGACGUGGCAAAAGGCGCCGUGCAGGACCGCAUCGGCAUCAUCUACCAAUGCGUCGGCGCCUCGCCCUACACCGGAAUGCUCAACGCCGUGGCCCUAUUUCCCGCCUUGCGAGCCAUCGGCGACCAGGAGAGCCAAGAUGGCUUGUACGGCAAGUGGCAGAUGUUCCUGGCCUACGUCUUCCACAUCCUGCCCUUCAGCGCCGUCAGCGUGCUGCUCUUCGCCUCCUUCCUCUACUGGACGGUGGGGAUGCACGCUGAGACGUGGCGCUUCGCCUGCUUCACCGCGGCCGUGAUGGUCCCUCACAUCACAGGCGAGCUGCUGACGGUGGUCCUGCUUGGGGUGGUCCAGGACCCCAACAUGGUCAACACCGGAGUGGCCCUGCUCAACAUCGCCGGGAUCCUCCUGGGCUCCGGAUUCCUACGAAGCACGGCGCAGAUGCCGACGGUGUUCCAGUGGCUGAGCUACCUGACGUUCCAGAAGUACAGCUGCGAGCUGCUCAUCGUCACCGAGUUCCACGGGCUUCGCUUCACGUGCAACCAGUCGGGUCCUCUGGCGGGACGCUGCCUGAUCACGGAGGGAGACCAAAUCGUGGACCGAGGCUACCCGGGCGCCGCGUCGCGCUACACGCUGGACUUCGUGCUGCUGUACUCCUUCCUGCCCGCCCUCCUGCUGCUGGGCAUCGUCAGCUUCAGGAUCCGAGACAGACUGGUGCUCCACUGACG